AUGCAUCAGAUUGGUGACCCCGGAAAGCCAGGUAACAGAGGGAGACCAGGAGCACCUGGAUUGAGGGGAGGACCUGGAGACUCGGGUAAUGACGGUGCCCCGGGAACUCCAGGCAAUAGAGGGCUGCCAGGAGAUGUUGGCAAGGUUGGAGAGGCUGGAAUUGGGGGAUACCCAGGGACUCCUGGUCGACCAGGAAAUCGAGGCGAGCCCGGAGAAAGAGGGUCGAAUGGUAUAGUCGGAACACCAGGAUUUGUUGGAGACCUAGGUCGGGCUGGUAAAGAUGGAAGACCUGGUAGACCUGGCUUACCUGGUGCUCUCGGACAAUCAGGAUUAUCAGGGGAGAGAGGGGAGCCAGGUAGGGAUGGAAGGAACGGCUAUGCUGGAGCUGGAGGUGAGCCUGGAGUACGAGCUAGGGAUGGGAACCCCGGUCGAGACGGAAGACCAGGAUUACCAAGAGCUCGAGGAGGCACUGGAAGGAAAGGAAUAUCUGGUUCACCCGGAGAACAGGGUGUUUCAAUCACUGGAGGUAGAGGUGAUGUAGGGUUACCUGCAGCUGGUCGAGUUAAAAUUGGUACUCCUGGAUUCAGAGGAGAUGCGGGUGAACCAGGAACGAAUGGAGCUAAAGGAAACAAAGGCUCUAUCGGAGCUGACGGUCGUAAUGGCUUUGCUGGAAGGCCGGGAGAGAAUGGUGCGUAUGGUAAAGCUGGUGUAGAUGGGAAAGCAGGAAAACCAGGGAUACCAGGAAAACCAGGAAGUAGAGGUGAAGGAGGAGUGUCAGGAGAAGUAGGAGAUCCAGGUAUGCCUGGGAGAGCUGGUAACAGAGGGUUACCCGGGACACCUGGUUAUGAGGGAGAACGGGGUGAAUUAGUGGGUGGUAGACUCGGAGAACCAGGAGCUGAUGGAAAGAUAGGACUGCCUGGCAGAAAGGGACUACGUGGGGAAAAUGGGCAGCUCGGCAGAAACGGUACACCCGGCCAGAAAGGUCUUGCAGGAGAUGUAGGGAUAGACGGUACUCCAGGCAGGUCUGUGAUGGGUGCCAGGGGGAGACCUGGUGCUGACGGGGACGAUGGGUUGAAUGGAGAGAGGGGAGAUCAGGGGAGGGAGGGAGAACCUGGAACCAAUGGACUACUAGGGUCUCGAGGAAACGUGGGGAAGCCUGGAAAGAACGGUUUCGCGGGCAGACCUGGUAACCCGGGUACUCCAGGAAAAAGAGGAGAGAAUGGAAACUCAGGAUCACCUGGCAGGCCAGGAUACGACGGUGUACCUGGAGAAAAGGGCACGUCAGGAGUUAAUGGUUUGGCUGGAAGACCUGGGACACCCGGGGAGAGGGGAACUGAUGGUAUCAACGGAGAGCCGGGUUUGGACGGACUACCUGGCCGAGACGGUCGUAAAGGAGCUGCCGCUUACGAUGGGAGACCUGGCUUACCUGGUGCACCCGGUCAAAAAGGUAAUUCUGGUAUCCCCGGAAAAAGUACCCCGGGUAGAGUAGGAGAACCUGGAAACAUUGGCAGGGACGCAGUGAGGGGAGAACCUGGUAACGAUGGUCUACCUGGUAGACCAGGACUUAGGGGACAGCCAGGAGCAGCAGGAAAUCCAGGAAGAAGGGGAGGUCCAGGAGAUCAAGGAGAGGCUGGUCUUAACGGAGAUCCUGGACUUCCGGGAGAAACCAAUUUUGGACUGCCCGGAUCACGAGCAGAGCCAGCUGCUGAUGGAAAGCCAGGGAUGAUGGGAAGGCCCGGAGAGCGAGGAGUAGCUGGCACCCCCGGAAUUCCUGGUAGAGACGGAUAUCCGGGAACUGUGGGACCGGACGGGAACCCGGGUACUGACGGGAUACCGGGACAACCUGGGGAACCCGGCAGGGACGGAAUGAAAGCCAGAGACGGAGUAGCAGGACGAAAGGGGAGACAAGGAGACCCAGGCUUGAGAGGGCGUCCCGGUAACGCUGGCUCUGACGGAACUCCUGGCAGACCAGGCCUAGAUGGAGAAAUGGGACGAAAUGGACUGGGAAUUAAGGGUUAUCGAGGAGAACCCGGAAUUAGGGGAUUGGACGGAACCCUUGGGCAGCCAGGUGAUGCUGGUAAUGACGGUAACCCUGGUAACCCCGGACUCCCUGGAAAUAAAGGAUACCCAGGAUACAAUGGCUUACCAGGACGGUCAGGUAUGAGAGGAAGAAAUGGGAUGCCUGGCGAGCGAGGAACCCCCACUGUGAGAGAAGGGUUGCCCGGAGCUAAGGGUACACCUGGAUACGGCAGACCGGGUCUACCUGGACCGAGGGGUGUACCAGGGGUAAAUGGAAUACGAGGAAUGCCAGGAGAUCCAGGCGAGAGAAGAACACUACCUCCCGGUGACGCUGGAUUACCCGGACGACCUGGUGUUCCCGGUAAAAAUGGACUGGCCGGAGACCCGGGUCUGCCAGGUCGAUCAGGGUUCCCUGGUACACCAGGAGAGUCUAGGAAUGGAAGAGAUGGGUUGCCCGGUAGACCAGGUUAUAGGGGGGAUCCUGGAACGAGAGGAAAAGAUGGCCUUAAUGGAGAAAGGGGUGUUAAUGGAAUGCCGGGUCGUCCCGCGUACGGAACCGUCGGAACUCCAGGAGUAGCAGGGAGGGAUGGUAGAAACGGGUUACCUGGCAGGAAGGGUUACCCUGGGGACCCUGGACGGAAUGGUUUGAGAGGUAUUCCUGGUAAAGAUGGGGCUCUGGGUACUGCUGGAGAAGCUGGCCUUCCUGGUAGAGAUGGAUACCCAGGACGUGACGGGUACCCUGGUGCCAUGGGAGAUCCUUCAUACGGUCUGCCCGGAACUAAUGGAGGUAAAGGUGAACCUGGUGAAGCUGGAACUACAGGGAACGAUGGAAUUGAUGGUAUACCGGGAACUCCUGGUGUUGAUGGAAGGAAAGGAUUUUCCCGGCAAUAA